AAUUUUGGCGCCACUUAUCGAUUUAUGUUCUUAUCACACGAAGACUCGAACCAGCUGAUUUCAUUUGUGUACAGAAUGUCGCGAAAGAAUGUCUUAAGUUUGAUCAACACGAUCGUUGCUAAUUCUUGCAAGUGCCCUGCCCACUCCCAUAACUAUGGAUCUGCUGCCCCAACAGCCACCCAAACGGGUCGCAUGGAAUACGCCUUCGAAAUGUCAGCCUCCACUGUGCGUUUUGGACCCGGAGUAAGUGCUGAAGUUGGAGCUGAUCUCCGCAAUUUGGGAGCCCAGAAGGUGUGCUUGGUAACGGACAAAAAUGUGGCACAAUUGCCUUCCGUGAAGGUGGCCUUGGAUUCAUUGGCCCGCCAUGGAGUUAACUAUGAAGUUUAUGAUGAAACUCGGGUGGAACCCACUGAUGGCAGCAUGUGGCAUGCCGCCGAGUUCGCCCGUCGCAACGAGUUUGAUGCCUUUCUGGCCAUAGGAGGAGGAUCAGCCAUGGACACUGCCAAGGCAGCCAAUCUGUUUAGUAGUGAUCGGGAGGCUGAGUUUUUGGAUUAUGUGAACUGCCCAAUCGGCAAGGGAAAGGAGAUAUCUGUGAAACUGAAACCCCUGAUUGCCAUGCCCACCACCUCGGGAACUGGUUCUGAAACCACUGGAGUGGCUAUAUUUGACUACAAGAAAUUGCACGCCAAGACUGGGAUAUCCAGCAAGUUUCUGAAGCCAACUUUGGCUGUUAUUGAUCCCUUGCACACCUUAUCCCAACCGGAGCGAGUGAUGGCCUUCGCUGGCUUUGAUGUGUUCUGUCACGCCCUGGAAAGUUUCACGGCAGUGGACUACAGGGAGCGAGGCCCGGCACCCAGUGAUCCCAGCCUGCGACCAACAUAUCAGGGAAGAAACCCAGUUUCGGAUGUUUGGGCUCGUUUUGCUUUGGAGACGAUACGAAAGAACUUUGUGGAUGCCAUUUACCAACCCGAUAACCUGGAGGCCCGUUCCCAGAUGCAUCUGGCAUCGACCAUGGCGGGCGUGGGCUUCGGCAAUGCCGGAGUUCACCUGUGCCAUGGUCUUUCCUAUCCGAUUUCUGGCAAUGUGAGGGACUACAAACCGAAGGGUUACUCUGGUGAUCACGCCCUUAUACCCCAUGGCUUGUCGGUGGUGAUCAGUGCCCCGGCGGUGUUUGAGUUUACCGCUCCAGCUUGUCCGGAACGGCAUUUAGAGGCUGCCCAGUUGCUGGGCGCAGAAAUAAGAGGCGUUCAGAAAUCAGACGCCGGUCGUCUUUUGGCAGACACUGUUCGCGGCUUUAUGCAACGCGCUGGCAUCGAAAAUGGCCUCCGUGAGCUUGGUUUCUCCAGCAGCGAUGUACCCGACUUGGUUAAGGGAACCCUACCCCAGGAGAGGAUCACUAAACUGGCACCCAGAGCGCAGACGCAGGAAAACCUCUCUCAACUUUUUGAGAACUCCAUGGUGGUCUAUUAAUUUCGGA